AUGUCGGGAUACAGCUACUCACAGGAUCCAAACGCUUCGUCGUCGGCUUUGCGUAAGAGAAAAACUCUCAAGAAAUCAAUCAACUUUUCAGUAAUGAUAGUUGGAGAGAGUGGAUCAGGACGUUCAACAUUAAUAAAUACGCUUUGUGGAGGUAAUUCGAUUGUACCAUGUUCACUGACGGUUAAUCAGCAUCCGUUCACUAAGAAGUUAACAUUGAGACAUGAAAACGUCGAAUUGGAGGAUAAUGAGGGUCACAAAAUUUCGUUAAACAUUAUUGACACUCCAAACUUCGCCAACCUGAUUAACUGUGACGAAGACUUCAAAUUGAUUGUUGACUUUAUAAGACAUCAAUACGAUGAGGUGUUAUUGGAAGAGUCUCGUGUUAGACGUAAUCCUCGUUUUAAGGAUGGGCGUAUUCAUGUGUUAAUCUACAUGAUCAAUCCAACGGGCCAUGGGUUAUCGGAAAUCGACGUCAAGUUUAUGUUACAUGUCAAUAAGCUUGUUAAUAUUAUCCCAGUAAUCGCCAAGGCUGAUUCGUUAACUCCAAGGGAAUUACAAUUGAAUAAGCAGUAUAUUUUAGAAGAUUUGACCAAUUAUGGUAUCAAUUUUUACAGAUUUAAUGAAUAUGAAUACGAGGAAGACUAUAUUGAUGACGAAAUUAUCGAGUAUAAUAAGUACUUGAAUUCAUUAAUCCCAUUUUCAAUUAUUGGUGCGAAUACAUAUCAAGAGAACCAGGAUGACGAAGGUGAAGAUUUACUUAAAUUGAGAGUCUUAGAUCCAUCGUACUUGAAGCCAAUUAACGUGGAAAUGCCUGAGUGUAAUGAUUUCACAAUAUUAAAGAACGUGUUAUUAAUCACCCAUUUGAAUGAAUUCAAAGAAAGGACUCAUGAUUCUAUAUAUGAAGACUAUAGAACUGAAGCUUUAUCAGGUAAGCAAUUUCAAUACAUCAACAAGGAUAAUGCUUCAACCCAUGAAAACGGUGACUCGGAGUCGUUUGGUUCUAAAGUGCAAUCACCAAGAACAGAUUCGCCAUAUACGGAGAAUGGACGUAAUGAAAACAACGAAGAGUCUAAUUAUUUGAUGAAGGAAGAACAAAUUAAACUUGAAGAAGAAAGGUUGAGAAAGUUUGAAGAAAGAGUUCAUCAAGAUUUGAUUAAUAAGAGAAAGGAAUUAUUAGAACGUGAAAAUGAAUUAAAAGAAAUUGAAAAAAGAUUACUAGCUGAAGGCUUGAAAUUUAAUGAAGAAGGUGAAGUUGUUAAAAUCGAGGAAUAG